AUGACUUCAACAAUUUUAUGUCGAACAAGUCGACAAAAUCAUCAAAUAUUAGUUUAUGUUAUUCGUAAUUCAUCUUCUACAUCAAAUCAAACAUCCAUUCGAUGGAAACGUCUUGCUUAUCAAAUAGGUGGUGGUCUUUUAACAACUGGUGCUUUAGGUUAUGCUUGGGCACAUUCACAAGCUGUUCAUGCAUCGGGUAAUAAAGCACAUUUAGUUUCAUUACCAUGGUCAUUUCAAGGUCCGUUUGAUUCACUUGAUCAUGCAUCUGUACGUCGUGGAUUUGAAGUAUAUAAACAAGUUUGUGCUGCUUGUCAUUCAUUGAGAUUUGUUGCUUAUCGUCAUUUGGUUGGUGUUACACAUACGGAAGAAGAAGCUAAAACACUUGCUGCUCAAGAUCAAAUUGAAGAUGGUCCUGAUGACAAAGGUAAUAUGUUCAAACGACCUGGCAAACUUACAGAUUAUUUACCGUCACCAUAUCCCAAUGAUAAUGCUGCUAAAGAUGGAAAUGCUGGAGCUUUACCACCUGAUCUUUCACUUAUAACACUUGGUCGUACGGAUGGUUGUAAUUACAUAUUUAAUUUAUUAACUGGUUAUCAAGAUCCACCAGCUGGUGUAAAAGGUGAACCAAAUCUUCACUACAAUCCAUAUUUUAGUGGUGGUUGGAUUGCUAUGCCUAAACAAUUGUAUGAUGAUCAAAUUGAAUACUCGGAUGGAACAAAAGCUAGCGAGUCUCAAUUAGCUAAAGAUGUAACAGAAUUUCUUAAAUGGACAGCUGAACGUGAUCAUGAUGAUCGUAAACGAUUAGCUAUUAAAGCUAUUCUAAUCUUUGCUCCUUUGGCUGUUUUAUCUUAUCAUUGGAAACGUGUUAAAUGGGCAACAUUGAAAUCACGCAAAAUUGCGUUUUAUCGACCAAAAGCAAAAGAUGAAUAA